UUGGAAAGGUGGCAUUUUCCAUGGUGCAAUACUCCAUCAGUACUUAAGCGUCAUCUUAGUUCAUGUGUUCAAAUAUCCUAGAUGGAGUUUGAAUAAUGAUCUUCUGACACUGAAGUCAGCCUGUUAUCAGUGAGUGAAGUGAUGCCGAAUUCAAUGUUUACUUCUGUUUGUGAUGAUGCUGCCCCUUUAACAAGGUUAUAUCAUGCUUGGUUUUUGUCAAGAGGGGUCGUAAUGGCAGAGGUGCCAAGAAUGUCAUGGAAGAGAGUUUACUUUAAACAAUGGCAGGGGAGUGACCAGUUCUCCCAUUUCAGGUUUUUUUUUCUAGUUUGUUUUUUUAACAGGCAGUCAGCAAAACUGCUGGCAGCAGAGAAGCAGUUACAGUGAAAAGAGACUCCAUGCUUCAACAGAGGUCUUUCCUGAACUUUCUCUCUUAAGUUUCUCCUCCCUGUUAAAACCUACUGUCACUUUCCUCAACUCAAUUUGCAGAAUUGAAUGCCAGAUAUUACCAUUCAGGAUACAAAUUGGCUGCCUUUUGCAAAACACUGAAUUACGCACGAAGAGAUGGCUUCACAAAUAAUGUUCCAUAAUGCAACCGAUCUCUUAAAUUACUCUAACUCAGACAAUGGCAAUUCCAAAAACUUUACUUUAGGUUUUGACAAUCUCACAAUCAUCAAGUUUUUGGAAGCACAAAACUUAGUUUCAAGAUGCGUUUACAUCUACAGUGUGUUUGGACUUAUGGGACUCAUAAUGGGCAUCGUCAUCCUUAUCAGAAACAUGAGAAACUACAAGCAGAAAAUGAAUUUUGAGAGAUUUGAUAUCAUUCUACUCUCCCUGACAGUGGCAGAUCUCUCACUCAUUCUUUUCUCACUAACUGAUGUAGUCAGACCAGAAGAGGUAAAUACCACUGCACUUGGCUGUGCUGUCCUCUCAUUCUUCUUCAAUAUCUUCUACUUCCACACAGGAUAUACUCACAUCGUGAUUUUCUUCUUGGUAUAUGACCACCUGGAAAUGGUGAGGAGAGCUUUGAAAAAAACUUACACCUCUAUCUUGGCUGUAAUGGGCAUUAGCAUUACCUUCUCCAUCCUGAUCACAUCGCUAACUGGGGCUGGACAUCACCCAAACAUGUCAGUGAAUUGCCACGUGGACCCACUCGAAGCCCCUGCUGAGUAUAGCAUUGUUAAGUUUGUCUUUGGAUUUUUAAUACCUACACUUACCAUUCUGGGCUUACUCCUGCAUUUCCUGAUCAAAUCAAAAUGUGUGCAGAAAGCACAGGAGGACCAAGACCAGAGUGAGUGUUUCCAUCCUCGACGAGUGUUUCUGGUGCUGGUCAUGGUGACUUUUGUUUGCCGCCUGAUUUAUAAUGUUUUGCUUCUACACCAAUUUCAAGAGGAGGCAUGGCACCAUAUGAGUCAUCUCAAAUUCAAGCCUCUGGUGACUAUCAGAGAAUUAGUCAUGUUUUCGGGGAGCUGCCUGUGCCUGAUGUUCAUUGCAAUUUUUCACGAGCUGCGUCACCAAGCCAUGAUCAAUGCUUACCGAAACCAUAAUGUCAUGAGUCCCGAAAUUGAGAUCACUGGAAACCACGGCGAGUCUGCAUCGCUCAACUGAAGUACCUGCCACUCAGUAAGAAUUGAGUUCUGAAACAAUGAACUCAAACAAUACAGUGACAAAUUCUACUACUUCAAUUUUGUCCCAAUAAAAAAUGUUUUUGAAGCAGGGUUUCAUCUAUUUUGGCUUGUUUGAACAUCCCCAAAUUCUUUUGAAGACUUGCUCUACAAUAACCUACUCCUGGUCUCAACCCUACUCAAUGCCAUUUUGGAUGCAACUACAUUCUGGAAGGAAUUAAGUCGAAGACAAUACCCUCACGGCACCUUACUACAUUGACAAGUGUUUCACCAUUGAAAAGAUGAAGUAAGGAAAAUCUAAAUGUGGAAAAUCAGCAGUACAGGCAAUUCCUGAACAUACUUUUUUUAUAAUGAGGUCAUCUAGGGCUUUAGCUAAGAAAAGUGGCAGAACAAUAGAGUAUUGAUCUAUUAUAAAUCACAUGAUGAACACAAAUGUUCUCUGGUUUAGAACAAAGGACUUGUUUUGAUUUAUUUUUUUUAAAUAUUAGAAAGGUAUAGGUCUUGUAAAAUGUAAGAUGCUUAAACAGCUUGAUCAGGUCAAACUGCAGAAGAUAGUCUUCGAGUUACAAAGUUAGGAGAUUCACGGAAUACAACUCCUAAAACUAUAGGAUUUAGUCCUUUCACCCCUUAUUUUUCAAGGAGGCCACAGAUUAUAAAACUUGCACAGCAUGUUAGCUCCAAAGCAUGUGAAGUCGGAAAAAUGUCUACACUUGAUUGUAGCCAGCAGUAAACCUACAGAACAAGCCAUGCAAAUGACACCAGCUGUCAUUUUAAUUGAUAGCAUUACAUUAAAUGUCAACAUUAAUGAACUGUUAAAUAACACUGGCUAAGCACAAACAUUGCCAAAAUUAUACAUUUUACAUUUACUCAAGAAAUAGAGUGCUCUAAUAAUGGCAAUGGAUUAGAAACAUAGGCUUGAGUGGUAGAUUUUACUAAAACAUGGCUUCUCACCCAGGUCUCCUUCAUGAGAAAAAGCUAAUUGUUGAAUGACUGCAGUUAGCUCCUCCCCUAGCGUCAAAACUUGUGAAAUCUUUUCAUCCUCCAUAGUGAAAACCUUUUGCUUUAAAGGUUGGGCCAUGCUCAGUUGUUCAGACGACAGCUGACCAGCAAACAAUGUGUGCUGUGGAGGCCCAAAAGUCUGAUUACUGAACAGGACUGAAUAGAAAGUGUGAACUAUUAACUGGAGGGAUGAACAAAUGACUUUGUUAAACUUGUGAAUAUUUACCAAAACAAGAAAUCAGUGAUGACUGCAUUGCAAUCAAGUAACCGUCAUAUUGUGAAGUGAUUGCAAAGCCCAUUUAAUUCUGACGAUGAAAGCAAGAAUGGCAUCACUUCCUGCAAGACUGUGAAUACAUAUUUACGAGGAGAAAGUGAGGUCUGCAGAUGCUGGAGAUCAGAGCUGAAAAUGUGUUGCUGGAAAAGCGCAGCAGGU